GCGAUUGGAAGGGUCGUAGUUACAACGAAGACCACCACCAGGAGCAUGGAGGCCUAGAGCACGCAGGUCAGCGCCCGACGCGCGCUGCCUCGCGUUUGUUCACCAGUGCCGUGGAGGCAGUGGCAAAGCCGUUGAAGCCAAAAGUUGCCAGCCAGUCGAAACAUUCCCAGCCAGCAGAACCAGCAGUGACAGAGUCCAAAGCCUGGACUCCAUGCCCAAAGCAGUCCGAUGUAACUGUAUGCUCGGACAUGGGACGCAUAUCACCUUUCGCUGUAGGAUAUGCUUGCAGCCAGAUCGGUCACAAGCAGCCCGAGGGGCGAGCCGAAAACAUCCCUCUUAGCCGGGUUUGGCAACAGGUUAAGGUCAAUUCGGAUGCCGAAACCUGCUACUUGGGGCAUGAAUUCCCCAUGAUGGUCUUUCGAGCCCAGUCGGCGGAUGGGACAGAACAGCUUUUCACAACUGAGCCCUGGAAGCUGUACUGUCUUCAAAGGGCAGCGGUUGCAAGGAAACACCUCAAGCCGAUAAUCCAGCCGAGAUUUAUCCUGGAUUCGGCGGUGAUUGAGGAAAUCCUCAAGGAUGCCAAUAUUCCAGAGAAUUUCAACCAGAUUUGCAUCAUUGGCCCAGACGGAGAAGAGGAACGCUUCUCUUGGGAGGCCAAGGUUUCAAAGAGUCCCAAGACGGGAUGCGCCUGA